AUGUAUAUCAAAAGAAAUGAAAAACAGCUUAUUGAAGCACUUGAAAGUUUCAGUACAUGUGAUAUCAGUGAUGGAUUAUUAAAUGUCUAUAAGAUUCGCAAUGGUGGAUAUAUUCCCAAUGUGGAGCCUAGAUCGUUGCCAAAGGAUAAUAAAGGGAAAAGUAUCGUUGGCAGAGCAUAUACAGUAAAGUAUGUAUCUAAGUUUGAUUCCAAAUAUAUCGAGACUGCAUCUACAAAUUAUGCAGAUAAGAUCAGUGAGGGUUCUAUUCUUGUUAGCAGGUUCAGUGAAGAUUUACAAUUGGAAGUAGCACCAUAUGUGCGACCUAUAAUGGCAAUCUUUGGUGGGUUAAAUGCGACAAGGGCCCAAUAUUUGAAAUGUCGUGGUGCUGUUAUAUUAGGUAGAGUUCGUGAUGUUAGAGAAUUACAAGAGAUGAGUUUCCCAGUGUACAGCUAUGGCGUUUCCUCAUGUUCAAGUAAUUCAAACCUAAAACCGAUAAGUACAGAAAAAACCUUACAUAUACUUACAUCUGAUAGGAACAGAAUAAGUGUGAAUUCAGGUGAUCUAAUUAUAAUGGAUGAGAAUGGUGUUGUCUGUGUCCCAUGCACCUCAGGGGUUGAUUUUGACAAUUUGAUUGAAUAUAUUGAGAAAUCCAUUAAAGUUGACAAAUUGAUAUUAAAGGAUAUUAAAGAGGGGAAGUGUAUCAAAUCAUCUAAAUCAGAAAGAAGAAAUGUAUUAAAAGAAAUGUUUAAAUAA